ACCAGGACGACUUCUAUGGUCCUACACGCUGUGUCAGAAAUACACAACAUUAGAUACGAUUAUAUUGUAGUUGAUAGAUGGAUAGGAAAUUAUGAUCGUAAUGCAUCUGCUGCUGUUACAAACUCAUUAUACUUCAGAGAGGCUGACAUUUCACCUGUGAUUCGUAUGAUUAAUUAUACACUUGGCUACAUAGAUUUACUUUAUCCACCCUUGACUUCAAUAGAAACAAGAUAUUACUACAGAAUUCCGACCUAUGGUCCUGGUAAAUUCGAGAAUCAGUUCCUUAGGCCGCUAGCUCCUGGCGCCUGGUUAUGUGUUCUUGCAGUGUGUUCGUUAUGUAUUCUUCUACUAGUGAUGUCAUCGAACAUAGAAGGACGGCCAUCUUCAACGCAGUUCGCAGUCCUUUCUGUAUUUGCAUCUUUUUGUCAACAAUUUUUCGAAGACAACAGUGAAAUGGUAACAAGGAGAAUAACGACAGCAGGUAAGAUGACAAUCCUGGUGACAGGAUUGUCAUGCGUCCUGAUCUACAAUUACUACACCAGCAGUGUGGUGAGCUGGUUGCUGAGCGGUCCCCCACCAUCUAUCAACUCUUUGAAAGAACUGCUUGAGAGUCCUUUGGAACUUAUUUACGAAGAUAUUGGCUAUACUCGGUCAUGGCUGCAGAUGCCGGACUAUUAUUAUAACAAGAGAAAUGCGAAAAUAGAAGACGAACUAAGACAAAGGAAAGUUUUAAAUAAAAAGAAAGGAGAACCGUUAUUAGUGACUUUGGAACGGGGAAUCGAAAUGGUUAAGGCGGGAGGUUAUGCAUAUCACACCGAAGUGGACAAUGCUAACACUCUGAUAUCGCGUACAUUCACUCAGAACGAGCUCUGUGAACUUGGUUCAUUGCAAUCAAUGGAGCCGACUCUUUUGUACGCUUCCUUGCAAAAGGAUAGCCCUUAUAAAGAGUUCUUUGUUUGGAGUUUGCUCCGCCUACGCGAACGUGGGAUAAUUUCCUGCAUCCAGGAUCGUACGCGAGCUCCCGAUGUGUUGUGCGAAGGCAGUUCACCGAGAGCGCUGGCACUAGGCGGCGCGGCGCCGGCGUUCAUACUGCUGGCUGCUGGAUAUGUUUCAGGCUUUUGUAUUAUGAUUAUAGAACGGUAA